AAAAACAAACGUCAUCUGCUGCGCUGGAUCUCGGCGUGGUCAUUGACUUGUGUUUCAUUCACUUCUCUUUACGUGUUUCUUUUUUACUGUUUUUUUUUUUUGGCAAUUCAACGACUCUAUCGUUAAGACACGCGCGUCCAGCGAGAAUGUUUAAAAAAUUUGACGAAAAGGAAAAUGUUUCAAACUGCAUUCAACUGAAGACGUCAGUAAUCAAAGGCAUUAAGAAUCAGCUACUAGACCAGUUUCCUGACAUUGAUCCAUGGCUCAAUCAAAUCAUGCCCAAAAAGGACCCUGUCAAAAUCGUGAGAUGUCAUGAACACAUUGAAAUUCUGACAGUAAAUGGGGAGCUGCUCUUCUUCAGGCAGAGAGAGGGGCCCUUCUUCCCGACCCUCAGACUCCUACAUAAAUAUCCAUUCAUUCUUCCACACCAACAAGUGGAUAAAGGGGCUAUCAAGUUUGUUCUUAGUGGAGCCAAUAUUAUGUGCCCAGGACUGACAUCACCAGGAGCAAAACUCUACCCUGCUAAUGUUGACACAGUUGUUGCCAUAAUGGCAGAAGGUAAGCAGCAUGCACUCUCUGUGGGAGUCAUGAAAAUGACUGCAGAAAACAUAGAGAAGGUAAACAAGGGGAUUGGGAUCGAGAACAUUCAUUAUCUCAAUGACGGACUGUGGCACAUGAAGACGUAUAAAUAAGAACGCAGACACCUGGACAUGACGGGCGCUCUCAGCUACGAUCACCAGGCUGCCUGUCUGCUGUCCAUCAAUGGACUCUGCUGCAAACCAUGCUGAAAGUCUGUCAACCCCACACUGCUGCAUAAAUAAAGCCUGCGGUAUUGUCA